CUUUAUAAACAAUUAUGGAGGGAAUCUAUACAAAUUGGUCCUAAACUAAGUAAAUGCGAAAAAAUAUAAUAUUCUAACAAAAUUCUCCUAUUAAUGUUGGUAAAAUGAUAACGGACAUUUCUUGUUUAGGUAUAACGUCUAAUAAAUUGAAGGUACACGAAUUGAAUAGUCUAAAUAAAACGCACAUGUAACGAAACACAAAUUAAAUAUAGAAAUUCAAAUACUAAUUUUUGCAAAACCACGAUACACUCACACCUCCAAGUCCAACCACCAAGUGGAGUGUAAAUUGGUAAAAUAUCCAAAAUAUAUGUCCAUUAUUAUGCAUCUCAUUUUAGUUAGACACAAAUUUUAAGAAAUACUCUGAGUGAAUGAAAUGCAAGAAAUAAAUUAAUAAAAUCUGAAUUUUAUUUACCAAAAAUAGUAAAAUUGUAAUGAGAUAUUUAAUAAAUGUUCCAAAAUAGAAAAAUAAAACAUAAUUGGAGAUAUUAAAAUAUGUAAAAUUAAGCGGAUAUUUAUUUUCGAAAAUUUGUGUAUCAUCUUCCAUAUAUAUAUCAUCUAUCGACCAUGGAAUGAUGGAGGGAGUAUAAUUUCGAAAUAUUAAAUUUCUCUUUUUCAACUUUGGAGCAUAGGUUUCGUAGACUUGAAACAUAAGUUCGUUACCAGCAAAUAUUAAGCAGUUUAACUGCCGACAGCUCUUCAAUCACCGACUACAACAUUGCACCAAAUUCAGAAAAAGCGAACUACCACACGCGCAGAUCCGAUCGAUCCUUCAAAGUUGACACCCAAUCUCUACAUCUACCUAUAGCAACGCCCAAUUUCAGAAACUUCCAUAAAGUGAAUAAAGCGGUUUUCUUUUAGCUGGCAGCGCAGAAAUUUAAUUCGGAUUGAACUCUUGUUGUUUUUGUUGGGGGAUUUGUUGGUUCUGAGGGUUUAAACCGCUGUUUAUUAAAAACAGUUUCUUUUUGAAGAAGUGGGUGAAGGAAGCAUUAUGUGGUGUAGUGGUUAGUAUUUAAAUGGCUGGAAAAGGAAGUGGUGAAGGCAAUGGUAGAGAGCAAUUUGGGAAGUAUUGAGGAAGGAAGAAGUGAUGAGGUAACUGAUAGUGUUAACAGAGUACAAAUUAGGCGGGAACCUUCUUUCUCGGGUUGGUGUGAUGAAGAUGGAAUCCCGCGAUCAGCUCCAUUGCAUGAUGAGGGAGUGAAUGAAGAAGACUUUGAUUUUGAGUUGCCUUUGGUUCAACCGCAAGUGUCAGAAAGAGGAACUAUAGGCAGAGAAAGAUUUUAUUAUAGUGAAUUUCACCACAGGAUGGACCAUAGUGGAAGAAAUGGUGGUGUUUCCACUAAUGGAUUGAGAAAUCAAAAUGAGUAUGUGCCUUUUGACGUUGAAAGUCGGCCUGAUGCUGAAAUAUAUUCCGGUAGCACCAAUGGCCUUAAUCAUGGCGAUUACAAUGAUACAUCUAGGAAAAAGUUGGAGAACCCGGUUUCUGCUGCUGACGUCCUGAAGACGUUGUUCUUUAUACUGGUUUGGUACACGUUCAGUACAUUUUUGACACUGUACAAUAAAACUUUAUUAGGAGAUGAUAUGGGGAAAUUCCCUGCUCCGCUGUUAAUGAAUACCAUCCAUUUUUCAAUGCAAGCUGUUUUGUCAAAGGGCAUUACAUGGUUUUGGUCGGACAGAUUUCAACCUUCUGAUAUGUCAUGGAAGGAUUACUUUGUGAGAGUUGUACCGACAGCUCUCAGCACCGCACUGGAUAUAAAUCUGAGUAACCUAUCUCUGGUUUUCAUCUCUGUUACAUUUGCCACCAUGUGUAAAUCUGCAGCACCAAUAUUUCUCCUUCUUUUUGCCUUUGCUUUCAGAUUGGAGUCACCAAGCUUUAAGCUGCUUGGCAUCAUGACUGUCAUUUCUGUGGGGGUGCUAUUAACAGUUGCAAGAGAGGCAGAAUUUGAGUUUUGGGGUUUCAUAUUUGUUAUGCUUGCUGCUGUCAUGUCUGGGUUUCGCUGGACAAUGACCCAAAUUCUUCUCCAGAAAGAAACCUAUGGUCUUAAAAAUCCACUUACUUUGAUGAGCUAUGUGACCCCUGUAAUGGCAAUUGCAACUGGUCUUCUUUCUUUAAUGCUCGAUCCAUGGCAUGAGUUCAGAAAGAGCGAUUACUUCAAUAGCUCAUCGCAUAUUCUGAGAAGUAGUUUGCUGAUGUUGUUCGGGGGCACCCUAGCUUUCUUCAUGGUACUAACGGAAUAUAUUCUCGUGUCGGUUACAAGUGCAGUAACAGUAACAAUAGCAGGGGUCGUGAAGGAAGCUGUUACUAUUUUGGUGGCCGUGUUGUAUUUCCAUGACCAGUUCACCUGGAUGAAAGGGCUAGGCCUUCUGACGAUAAUGGCCGGUGUCAGUUUAUUUAACUGGUACAAAUACGAUAAGUUACAGAAGGGAGAGAAAUCUAUCGAGUCACCAACAAAUAAUGCAGCCUCAAAGUAUGCUAUCCUCGAUGAGAUGGAUGAGGAAGAAGAUAGCCCUUUAAAUCCGAAUCAUUGAACUCGAGAAGGAUUGGACGUUGAAGUACUGGAUUUUUUUGGUGAUUUAUCUCUGAAUCAAGAUCGUUACCGCAAAAGAGUGUAAAGUUUAAACAAAUUUUUACCAUAAAAUAUGCUGCUUACCAUAUUCAUCAAUAUUCAAAGAAUUCUCAGGCAAGAGUAUAUUCAUCAUAUUUUUGUUGGUCUUCAGCUUCUGGUUGUAUUCUACUAUCUUGUAUAACUACAACUUUUAUCAAUAUUAAAAGAAUUCUCAGCCAA